AGGCCGCCCAAGGCAAGUAGAGGGAGUGAGUCAGGCUCGGGCUCCGCAGCGGCACGUAGGAGGCGGGUCGCCCGUGCAGCCGCCGGCCGGGAGCGCGACACUGUUACAAAGUACAUCAGCCCACUCUCAGGAAGUACUGGAACCAUGAGCAAUAAUGGAACAGACCUGCCCAUUGGUUACAUCUCCUCUUCUGUAGCUAUCAUUUUGUUUGGCUCAAACUUUGUACCACUUAAAAAAUAUGAUACUGGUGAUGGAAUGUUUCUCCAGUGGGUCCUCUGCGCUGCCAUAUGGUUGGUGGCCUUGGUGGUCAAUCUGAUAUUACAUUGUCCUAAGUUUUGGCCUUUUGCCAUGUUUGGGGGCUGCAUUUGGGCAACAGGGAACAUUGCUGUUGUCCCAAUUAUCAAAACCAUUGGUUUAGGCCUUGGAAUCUUAAUCUGGGGAUCAUUUAAUGCCUUAACGGGCUGGGCAAGCUCAAGGUUUGGCUGGUUUGGAGUGGAUGCAGAAGAAGUACCAAAACCACUGCUAAAUUACAUUGGUGCUGGGCUAUCAAUAGUAAGCGCUUUCAUAUUUUUGUUCAUCAAAAGCGAAAUACCAAAUAACACAUGUUCCGUGGAUACAACACCAUUAAUAACAGAGCCUGAGAUCAACAAAACUCAAGAUUCCUGUUCCUGGGUGGAUAAACUUUCUACUGUACAUCACCGCAUAGUGGGCUGCAGUCUUGCAGUGAUAUCUGGAGUACUCUAUGGAUCUACAUUUGUGCCAAUUAUUUAUAUCAAGGACCACAGCAAAAAAAAUGAUAGUAUAUAUGCAGGGGCGAGCCAGUAUGAUUUGGACUAUGUUUUUGCACACUUCAGUGGCAUCUUUCUUACAAGUACAGUCUAUUUUCUGGCCUACUGUAUAGCUAUGAAAAAUAGUCCUAAGCUAUAUCCUGAAGCAGUCUUACCAGGGUUCCUGUCAGGAAUACUUUGGGCAAUUGCUACCUGCUGUUGGUUCAUAGCUAAUCACUCUCUAAGUGCUGUGGUCAGUUUUCCAAUAAUCACUGCUGGUCCCGGAUUUAUAGCUGCAAUGUGGGGUGUCUUCGUGUUUAAGGAAAUACAGGGUCUACAAAACUACCUAUUAAUGACACUUGCAUUUUGCAUCAUCGUGACUGGAGCAUUAUGCACUGCUUUUUCUAAAAUCUAA